AUGAAGCAACUCCACUACAGAUGCAUGGUUGUUCAUCGAAGGAGGAGGUUGAGAAAAGGUGGAUACAGCUCUGCUUAUCUCGCCUUGAAGAAAGAGCUUCGUGAAGCAAACUUACAGUCACUUCUUGGUGGAUCCUCAAGUUUCACUUCUUCAACCAAUAUAGAUUCUGAUCCGUUGCUGUCAUCUUUUAUGUUUAAUCCUCCUUCAGCUAAUGAGUCUGCAAACAAAUCUGCUACACUUGUCAAGGAAGGAGCCUUAGCUACAAAAGUCUCGCAGAAAGAAUCUCUCAAAAGAGACAUUCGAGAAGCACCACUUUCAGGUGAAGAUCGAGAGAAGGCGAAGAAGAGCGAGUUUGUGCGAGGUUUGUUCUUGUCAACCAUGCUUGGUGAUGAUUACUAGUCAAGACUACUCGCCUUUGUUUGUGGGUGGUUUAUGAGAAAGUGAGCAAUCUUGUGAGGUUAAAAAUUGUUAGAGUGGUCUCAGUGUAUGAUGGAAAAGCUUGUAAGGUUACAUAUAUUACUGUCAUCGUAUCUUCGAACCUCUAGAUUUGAAUAAAAACAUUUAACACGUUUUGGGAAAAGGACAAGAGAGUAUAGUUUGUAGGAGUUUUUGGAUUACAGAUGAACGAAGAAAAUGAACAUGUACACAGUAGACUUCUCAUCUCACAGUAUUCCAAGAAGAAAAAAAAUGAAUUUUGAUUGGAUGAAUCCUAGAAAGUGUUAUUUGUUCAGACAAUAGCUCUAUCAAAAGCACUGCCAAGAACCAAGAUCAUAGCCAGAGUUGACAACAUAGGAGCAUUGUCAAGAGCUAAGAUCAGAACCAAAUUUAUUACAAUC